AUUAUAUUUUGUUUAACAGUUGGUACUAUAUUGUAUAUACAAACUACUAUUGCUGGCUAAUAUGUAAAGCAUAAUGACAUUAAAAAUAAAUUAAUUAAACAUAAUAAAUAUAUAAUUUUUUUUUUAAAUGGCUGAUUUGGUCAAAUGAAGGGAAACAAAAUGCUACCAUGAAAUGAACAAAUGACAAAAUGUAUGCAUUUGUUUAACAAUUGGUUUCCAAGGGAACUAAUAUUGCAUUUGAUAAAAGCUAAACAGCGUUAAUUGUGUUUGUUUGUUCAGUUGAUAUUAAAACAGCAGGCCAAAUGAAUAAUCUCAAUGGAAGGUAUAACAAUAAAUUAUAUCCUACAUCAGGUAAUAUUACAUCACAUUUACCUUUUUAUGAUAAGCAUUAUAGAGCAAGAGUAAACAAAAUUCCUAGUAAAAAAAGUAAUCAGACAGACUUAAAUAUUUAUUCGAAAAGUUUUGAUGAAAGCCCAUUAUUUUUGAAAGCCUCCUCUAAAAACAAACCUAGUUUAAAUUUAAAAGAUAACAAAUUUGAGUGUUGCAAAAUUACAACAGAGACAUUUGGGAAGAGAUCUGAUACAGAUGAGAAGAAACAGGUAAAGAAACAAUCUCAGCGAUAUCACUCCGACAAAUCUGAUGGACACAGAAACUUGGAUAGAAUGGACGAUGGGAACAACAUAAAUCAUUACACCGAGGAACAGGUAUAUUUACAACAAAUUCAAGGGAAAUUAGAAACAACAUUUUCAUUACUAGGCAAUGUUCAAUCAGGAUCUUACAAAUUUCAAAAUGCUACGUUGAAAGUAUCUAAACGCAAAAUUGACAGUAGCAAAUUUGAAAAUCACAUUCAACAAUCGCAUAAAGGAGAUGAAGAGCGUAGGCAGAUAAUAGCGCAGACCAAAACAAAUGUCAGCAGUAAAAAGGAAUGUGCAUUAAAUGUUACAAAACCAAGAUCUGUAGCUAAUGAAAAGAAUUCUUACUUGAGCGCAAUAAACAUAUUGAAGAAGGAAGAAGAUCAAAUCAAAAGAGAUUUGUUGCAACAAAUAGACACAUGCGAUGUUGCAUUUUAUUCUGAUAGUUCAAUCCUUGAGAAUUCAGACAGUGAAGAAAGAAUGUCUACCUUAAGCAUAUUUUGUGAAUCGACUGGAACAUCUGAAGGUGGGGACCUUUCAUCAGAAUCACUAGGUACUGUUCAGGAUAAUAAAAGAGAUGAAAGUAGAACAUGUGCACCUUCCUUCCACUUCAAUAAUUCAGGAGUAACUACUGAUUUUAAGGAACACGAUAUCAAUCAAGCCAGGACAAAAACCGUUUUGGAUGCUGACAUAUCACUUCCUCCUGUAUCAUCUUUUGGUGAAUAUACAAUUAAACAAGAAGAGAAAUCAUAUUUGUACAUGAAAGAGGUAAAUUACAAACACAAAUGCAUUCAUUGGCUUGAAAUGAAUGAAGAACAUCAAGAAAACAUUAAUAGGCUGCACACGUCCUCUGCUCCAAUAUUUCAAGCUACAAAUAAUGAUAUAAGUGAUCUUGCCAAUGAGAAAAUAAAUAAAGAAAAAAAUUCUCAAUACAAGGAUUGCAACUUAAAUGAUGAUAAACCAAAAGUUAGAGUUAUUCUGAAAAAUCAUCCUAGUAAUUUGGUUUACAAUAUUAAAAUUCAAGCUACAAAACCGCACAAAACAACAGAAAAUUCGUUGUGUGAAAAUGUGAAAAUGCCAGUUGACCCUAUUGGAAUUUCAAAUAAUGAAAAAUUAGGCAAACUUACUAAAGAACAGUGUGUAUCAACAAAUAAUUCACAAACAGCAACAAACAAAAUUCUUAAAUUACAAUGCAAUACGGUCGUUCAUGUAGAUAUAAAAGGAGGGCGAACACGAUUAUUGCCAAAAACUGCUAUAAGAAAUAUGUAUAAAAAGUAUAGGAAUUUUAAGAAUUUGGCAGAAAUACAAAAGAAGAGAGUUUGCAUUGAAAGGAGUGUUGCAAAGGUAGAUGAUUAUUCCUACAGCAACCGAAAGUGUAAAUGCCAGCAAUCUAAUAUAACAUUGGAACAAAUCAUACAGACUGAACAAGCUACUAUUAUAAUUAAAGAACAACAAACUCAGACAGAAAAAACAGUACUGUGUAGCAGCGAACGGAUGGUUCAAACUGAACAUAGCGUAAUAGCAAUUAGUAUAAAACAGUAUACACAGACCACACAGACAGAUAAAAUAACUUUGUUUAGGAGUGAACAAAUGAUUCAAACUACUGUUAUUACAAAACAACAAACAACACAGACAGAUGAAAUAGCAGUUAUUAACAGUGAAAAAAUGGUCCAAACUGCUAUUAGUUCCAAACAAGAAAGAACACAAACAGAUAAAAUAGCUUUGUUUGCUAGUGAGCACUCAGUUCAAACAGAUCAAACUGUAAUUUUUUUAAAAAGUGAAAUUACACAGACAGAUGUAAUCAAACCUGCAUCUCUCAAUGAACACGCGACACAGACUAAAUCAACAGUUUUUAACUACAAAGAAAAAACGAUCCAGACUGAACCCAAUUCUGCACGGAUUAAUGAAAAGCUCAUCCAAACUGAGCACACACUAAUUAUCCCUAAUUACAGUGUUAGCGAGAAAAUGAUACAGACAGAAAAAGUAGCAAUGAGAGUCUGUAAACGAUAUGUACAAACGGACAGAAUCAUUCAGAGCACAUGUGAACUAAGUAUACAAACUGACCAAACCUCUAUGAUUUCAAAAGAGCAAAUCACACAAACCGAGGAAGUUGAGAUCUGUGAAAUAAAAGAACUGAAACAAACUGAAGACAAUGGGAAUCAAAACCAUGUUCAAGCAGAGGAAAGUUCAAUUACACAAUGUACACAAAUCUGUCCGGAUGAUAAAUUCAUUUUUGAUCUAGAAGAGCAAAUUAAAAUUGAGAUAAAAAAUGUGGAUACAAAUUUGACAAUUCCUGAGAACUUACCCACAGAAAACAAAAGGGCCGACAUGAAAAUUUGCCAAAAAGACUUUGCAACAUUGUCUGAUGAGAACGAUGACUGUGAUAUGACUGACUGUUCUUUUCCGUUGCAGCGUAAAACUGAAUUAAGUAAAAUAGAAAAUUGGAACACCAGUGUUACACAAGCAGAAAAACAUCCUUAUUGCCAUGAAGAAAAGGAAGCAAAGCCCAAUUACACAAUUCAGAACGUGGAUAACACUGAUAAUGCAGUUCCACAAGAAACAUUGUCCUGGUGUAAUGUCCACGAAGUGGUAAAAGAAGGUAAAGAAGUUUUGCAAUUACAGAAAUUGACAGAGGAACAACAUAACUUGCAAUCACAUUUGGUGCAGAUACAGUCCACACACAUUCCAAAUACCAAUCAAAAUCCACCCAUAGAGUACACAAUCAAAAAUUACACAAAUGCAGAGAGGAGCUUGAAUGGAAAUAAACCAUCUGAAUUAAACUCGGUCCAUAUGUAUAUGAGUUCUAUGGAGGAUUUACUAAGUCUAUCAGAAAACUUGGAAACAAGAGAAGAAAAUAAUAUUCAUCCUGAGUUCUCCUCUUUGAUGAUGAAUUGCACUGCAAAUACUGAUGAAGAUCUCGUUGUAGGGUGUGUACCCAGGAAUGUCACAAAUAGUAAGGAAGGAACGCUCCUGAUGGCAAAUGACCCGUCUCUAUUAAACUACUUUGAUACGUACGGGAGCACAUCAGAGGUCUUGGAAUUGGAAGUGGAAAAAACAGAAGAGGUUAAUAAUAUUCAAUGCACUUUCUUUUCUCUGAUAGAAUCAAUGAAAAAAGGCCCAUCACAACUUGCAGAAACUGAGCCUGAAGAAAAUGCCUUAUUGUAUAGUUGUGAACCGAAUAUUGAUCAGAAUUUAACCAGUGAGUGUGUAAGUUUAGAAUGGAGGUUGAAAGCAAAUGAACCCUCUCAAUUAAACUCCAUACUUACGAAUAAAGGCCAGACCCUUGCUGUGACUGAAGAAGAAAAGAAUACUUUACAAUAUAAUUACAUUCCAAGUGCUGAUCACGAUCCUGCCAUAGAGUGUGUUUUUAAAAGUGAUAUAAAUACAGAGAGAAACAUGAAUACAAGUGACUCUUCCGACCUUAACUCCUCUGUUACUAGUAUUAGUUCUAUGGAGGACGUACAGAGCCUAUCAGACAACCUGGACACAAGAGAAGCAGUCAAUAAUAUACAAACUGCAUUCCCGUCGCUGAUAGACUCGAUGGAUUAUGUUCCAAAUACCAAUCUAGACCCAUCCACAGAUUGUAUAACCAGCAAUGACAUAAACAGAGAAACGUUCCCGAAAGCAUAUGACUCAUCUGGAUUACAUUCCUUCAAUAUGAAUGCCAGCACUUCACAAACUUUAGAAUGUAAACAUAGUCCACAGGAAGACAUAGAAAUAGCAGAAGAAAUCAAUAAUGUAAAAAGUGCUUUCUCUUCUAGAAUAUGUUCCAUGGAAAAAGGACAAGCACAAGAUGUAGUUACGGAACCAGAAAAAUAUACUUUACCGUCUAAUUACAUUUCGAGUACCAAUCUAGAUCCAACCUUAGAAACACGUCAAUUGUCUCAAUCAAACCUCUCACAUGUGACCCCUCUGGAGAGCUUAGAGACUAAAUACAGCCCUUCAGAAAACUUGGAAAAAAAGGAAGAAGCCAAUAAUGUAGAAAAUGCAUUCCUAUCUUGGAUAAGCUCUACGAACAAAGGCCAUACACUAUUUGCAGAUACAGAAGAAGAACAAAAUAAUUUAUUGUAUAAUUCCACUCCAUAUGCUGAUCAAUAUCCUGCUAUAGAGGAUGUAAUCAACAAUGCUACAAAUGGAGAAAAGUGUUUGAAAUCUACAGAGGAUUUAGAUUUGGAAAUAAAAGAAGCAGUCAGUAAUAUGCAUACUGCUUUCUCUUCCUUGAUGGACUUAAUGAAUUGUACUGCAAAUACCGAUGAAGAUCCUGUCAUAGAGUGUGUACCCAAGAAUGUCACAAAUAAUAAGGAAGGAACGCUCCUGAAGGCAAAUGACCCGUCUCUAUUAAAAUACUUUGAUACGUACGGGAGCACGUCAGAGGACUUGGAAUUGGAAGUGGAAAAAACAGAAGAGGUUAAUAAUAUUCAAUGCACUUUCUUCUCUCUGAUAGAAUCAAUGAAAAAAGGCCCAUCACAACUUGCAGAAACUGAACCUGAAGAAAAUGCCUUAAUGUAUAGUUGUGAACCGAAUAUUGAUGAAAAGUCAACCAGUGAGUGUGUAACUAAAAGUUAUGCAAGUGUAGAACAGAGCUUGAAUGCAAAUGAACCCUCUCCAUUAAUCUCCUUACUUAUGAAUAACAGCCAGACGCUUGCUGUUACAGAAGAAGAAAAUAGAACUUCACAAUUUAAUCACAUUCCAAGUGCUGAUCAUGAUCCUGCCAGAGAGUGUGUUUUUAAAAGUGAUCUAAACACAGAGAGAAACAUGAAUACAAGUGACUCAUCUGAACUUAACUCCUCCCUUACUGGUCUUAAUUCUAUGGAGGACUUACAGAGUAUAACAGACAAUCUGGACACGAGAGAAGCAGUCAAUAAUAUACAAACUGCAUUCUCGUCGCUGAUAGACUCGAUGGGUUAUGUCCCAAGUCCUGAUCAAGAUCCAGUGAUAGAAUGUAUAACCAGCACUGACAUAAAUAAAGGAACAAUCGUGAAGGCAAAUGACCCAUCCCUUCUGAAAUACUUCGAUACGUAUGGAAGCACGUCGGAGGAAGAUUUGGACUUGGAAGUGGAAAAAACCGAAGAGGUCAGUAAUAUACAAUGCGCUUUCUUUUCGUUGAUAGACUCCAUGAAAAAAGGCCAAGCACAACCUCAACCACCUAACUUGAAAAAAUGUGAUGAUGAUAUAGUCUUAGAACAAAUUAGUGAAAAAGAUGUUCCACAAUUUCUGAAACUGGCAGAUGAAGGACACAAUUUCCAGACUAAUGAAAUGCCAAUUGGAAAACCUGAUGCUGAAAUUAAGAACAGACAAAAUAAAUAUUCUCGGCCAUGUUCAGUAAUAUUAGGUUUAAAAUAUAAGCCAUUAUUACCCAGACAAUUAAGAAAUAGGAAGAGAAAAAGAGAACAUGUGCAAAAGCAGGAAAUUUCCGUUGAAUGUUUAAGGUUAGAUUCCAUGAGUACCCCAGUUAGCGAUAUUGACAGGAACAAUCCAGAAGGAAACCAAAGUUCAGAAAUGAAAAUAUCUAAUGAGAAAAAUUGCAAUGAUAUAAAUAGCUAUUCAGUUCCAUUCCUAUCUAUUGAAGAAUCAAAUAAACCAGAUAAACUGGAGAACUGUGUUAUGCAAUCUGAACACCAGGUUUCUGAUAGCUACCAAGAAUCAGUAACUCAGGAGAACUAUACGCCAAAACAAACUGAUAUACAUGGGGUGGCACAAGAUCAUAUAUUUCAACCUACAGAUGAACAGAAUAAAACAGAUAAUUUGGACAACAGCCAUAAUAUGCAUUGUGACGAGCCUUCUAUUAUCCAAAAAGAUUCAGCAGCAACGCUGCAGAACCGUACUCUAACAGAGAGAAAUAAAUGUGACGGAUAUGGGGAGGCACAAGUUCAUACAUUGCAACCUAUGGUUGAUCUGAAUAAAACAGAUAAUUUGGACAAAAGCCAAAUGCAUUCUGAAGAGGCCUCCAUCAUCCAAGAAGAUACAGCAGCAACUCAGCAGAACGAUACUCUAACAGAGAGAAAUAAAUGUGACGAAUAUGUGGUGACACAGCAGAAGUCUAAUGAUAUACAAGCUUUGACAGCAAUGAAGGACAGACGAAUAAAAUAUUAUAAACCAUUAAAAUGCAGGCCAGCUUCAUCAAACGGGACCAAACAGAUAUCGAACCCUGAGCAUUUGACAACGAAGUAUGCUGUAGAUUGUCCCAAGAAUUUAAAAGAACCUUUACAACAUAAACGAACUAGAAGAUCAUCUAGCUCUCUACCACCUCCAGAAGAAACAAAAUGUAAUAUAAACGUGUGGGAUUAUAGCACAAGAUCACCCUUCAAAGUGACAUUUAAUGGAGAUUACUCGGAGAAUUUAUUAGACUCAGAAGACACUCAGGACAAGAAAGCUGACAAUGAUUGGGUAAGAAAAUUUCCAAAAUCUGAAGAAUACAAAUGUCUUGAAGAUACAGGGGAUUAUGUGUCACCAAGGAAUAGUACCAAUGAAAGUAGUGACGCAGAAUCAAUUUUUAAUAUUCCAAGUAAAAGAUCGGCUAGUGGCACCUCUUCAGGAACAUGUAUGUCAAAAUCUUCAUUGGACAAUAAAAGUGGCUCACCCACCAAGAUAGUUAGGAAUAAAUUAAAUGCUAACACAGUCACUACACCACCACCACACAUAGAUUCUAACAUUAAACCAAAGUCAAGGGGAAAGAAAAAAUUGGUAAAUAAGGCACACAAUGAUAUUGAUACCAAUCAAUUAUCAGCCAACAUUCAGCCGGAAACAAAUCCUACUAACAGAGAUAACACAGAAUUUAAGGAUGGACAAAAACAUAUAAAAGAUGAUCAUAGGCCACGUUUAAAACCAUUAAAAUGCAGAUCAGCCCCAUCAAACAUAACCAGGCAGAAUUCAAAUACAGAGCACCUGACAACAAAGUCUGGUUUAGAUAGUCAUAAGAAUGGAAAUGCACCUGUAACGAAGCGAAAUAGAAAAUCGUCCAGCUCUUUGCCACCACAUUCAGAGGAAACGAGUAAGAUAAAUGUGUGGGACUAUUCCAUGAGAUCACCCUUCAAAGUGACAUUUAAUGGAGAUUACAAGGACAAUUUAUUAAACUCAGAAGAUACACAGGACAAAAAAGGUGAUAAUGAUUGGGUGAGAAAAUUACCCAAAUCUGAAGAAUACAAAUGUCUUGAAGAUACUGGGGAUUAUGAGACACCAAAGAACAGUACUAAUGAAAGUAGCGACUCCUCAGAAACUUCUACGGCAGAAUCUUCUUUAGAUGAUGGGUGUGAUUCAAGAAUGAAGAAAGCCACUGCACAAUUAAUGAUCUGUGACCAAAAUGCUAUGCAAGUUGAAAAACCUCAGUCUCGGCAGAAUAGAGUUAAAAGAGAUAACACACAUAUUAAGAAUGGACAAAAACAUAAGAGAGAUGUGCCAUUGAGCCAGAAUUCAAAUACUGAGCACUUGACGACAACGACAGGUUUAGAUUGUCAUAAGAACGUAAAAGGGCCUUUAAAGAAACAAACUCAAAAAUCAUCUAGUUCUUUGCAGCCUUCAACAGAAUAUUCUAUAAAUGUGUGGGACUACUUCCCAAAAUCACCCUUCAAAGUGACCUUAUCAAAGUCAGAUACACAGGACAAGAAAGAGGACAAUGAUUGGGUGAGAAAAUUCCCAAAGUCCGAAGAAUACAAAUGUUUAGAAGAUACUGGGGAUUAUGAAUCGCCAAUGACAGACACUGAUGAACACAGUGAUACAGAAUCAUCUCUUCUAAACAUUCCACGUUUACAUUCGGCCAGUGAUUCCUCAGAAUCUUGUACGACGGAAUCUUCAUCAAAUCAUAAAUCUGGCUCACCGACUAAGUCGAAAGGAAAAUUAUCUGACACGUCGACAACUCCACUGCCAGCAAGUCAAACACACGUGAUACAAGCUUGGCUUGAUAAUGGAACAAACAUUAAAACAAAAUCCCGACGAAAGAAAAAGUUGGUAAAACAGGAUGAGUCCAUAAAAGUUUCAACAGACAAUGAGUCGAAAACUGUUGAUAACAUGAUAAUUGACGAAUUUAUUUCACCUGAUUUUGACACUAAAUUGAUUCGUGUUAAGCCUUGCCGUAGCGACAUUAGUGAGAACAAACACUAUGACCAUUCACAUAUCUUUACAACACAUCCAUUAACAAAUACAUCAACAAAUGUAAGCGCACGAAUAGGAUAUUCCUCAGCUAAAGAAGCGGCUCAAUACGUGGGUGAUUUAUGCAUUGAGGAUGUAACAUCAUUCGAGGCAUCUGGUACUACAUUUGUAGAUUUAAAACGUAGACCCACACAUGUAGAAAAAAGGGAACAUAACAGUUUUACACAGCAGGAUGAUGGUAAACAAGAAUUAACACGAGGAAAUGGGGUUUCUUUGUCAACGUUUCAAAAUACUGUGAAAGUAAAGACAUUAAGUCCACUGAAUAAUAUCGGACCAAACUAUUAUAAUAAAAUUCAAGAUAAAACAGUUAUUAUGUCACGACAUGUUAGAAGACCAAUUAGCAAACAGAGAAAUGUGGAAAGCUCGGUGAGAAAAAAUGUUUCGGUACAAAACGAUGCGGAAAGGAAUGUUGAAACAAGUAAGGAAAAUUGAAGACAUCAUCAUUCUCUAAAUUAAUUGUCAACAAUAAACUUACUUUGAAACAUU